AUGGAGACGCUCGUUAGACAGAGAAAGGUUCAUAUAUAUGGUCCUAAUAGGUCUGCAGUAAUUGCUGUAAUUUGGCUGUGCUGGUCUCUGUUGAUUAAACCUGGGGCCACAGACCCAUACCACCAAGGAUAUACAUUACCUCUACAUGGCUGACUGGGAUGUAUGGAGACAAUGGAGCUCUGUGCUCCACAAAACCAGUCACACACACAAAUGCGCACAGACAAACACAGACACACACGCACACAUCCACACAAACACAUGCACACACACACACAUGCACAUGCACACAGACAUACACAUGGGCGUGCACACACACACACACACACACACACACACACACAAGAAAUAACAGGGCUUUUGUUCUCAGGUUGCAGGUUCUGCCAGGUGCGCUGGUGUCACAUAUACACAGACAUACUCAAAAACACUCCCAUACGCACACACAGAGUUGUGACCUCAGUCUUGGUGCUGUGAUGUCACUCUGUGACAUCACAUUCAGUGGAAAAUCUCCUCAAUUAAAAGUUUAUCCCAUUGUUUGUUUUGUUUCUCUCUCUUUUCCACUGGGUGCUUUUCUCAACGUUGGGAUGGCGUUAUAACAAUGUUGUGAUCAGUUCUCAGAGCUUUAUGAAUCCUCUCCCUGGAGCGCCUACUACCUACGCUCAGGAAUUACUGCCUUCAGGUGAGCCCUGUAUGUGGAGAACCACACAUGAAACCAGAAAAUCACUGUUAAUAAUGUAGUCCCUUGGUAACGGUGUUUGGUUCCGUGUGUGUGUGUGUGUGUGUGUGUGUGUGUGUUGACAGUGAAGGAGCAGAUGGACUGAACGUGUUCUACUGGAGUAAGUUCUCGGGCCCUGGGGGCGUUGCCAUGGAGAUCCAGCGGUGGAGUCCGGAGCGCGUACAGCGCCGUCUCCCUGGCACCAAUAAGCUGCUGUACAGCCACAACGAGAAGCACUACUACAUGGAGAGAGACGACGAAUCACUCAACCUGCUGGGUACUGUAACUUCUCUCUCUCUCUCUCUCUCUCUCUCUCUCUCUCUCUCUCUCUCUCUCUCUCUCUCUCUCUCUCUCAAAUGUUAUAUUAUGUCUAUAUACAGUGUUAUAAUGAUGUGCAAAUAGUUAAAGUACAAAAAGGAAAAUAAAUAAACAUAAAUAUAGGUUGUAUUUACAAUGGUGUUUGUUCUUCACUGGUUGCCCUUUUCUUGUGGCAACAGGUCAGAAAUCUUGCUGCUGUGAUUGCACACUGUGGUAUUUCACCCAAUAGAUAUGGGAGUUUAUUCAAAUUGGAUUUGUUUUUGAAUUCUCUGUGGUUCUGUGUAAUUUGAGGGAAGUAUUUGUCUCUAAUAUGGUCAUACAUUUGGCAGGAAGUUAGGAAGUGCAGCUCAGUUUCCACCUCAUUUUGUGGGCAGUGUGCACAUCGCCUGUAUUCUCUUGAGAGCCAGGUCUGCCUCUCUCUAUCUCUCUCUUUCUUUCUCUGUUUCUCUCCCUCUCUGUCUCUCUGUCUCUAUUUCUCUGUCUUCCUCUCUCUCUCACAGUCUCUCUGUCUAUGGACUACAGCUCCCAGAAUCCUUUAGUUUAUUGUAUAUUCUUGCUUCUCGUGCCAUUUAAAACUCCAUUCUGUUACUACUAUAUUGUAUGUAUUUCUGUGCAGGUUUAGACUCUGAUGACUAUGAUUCAGACGACAAGGCAGAUAAAAUCAAGAACCCCAACUCCCUGCAGAACUCUCUACAGAGCGGCAAGUGGCAGCUAGGAUUCCAAGGUGAGGAAUCAUUGCCUUUCUUAGAACAUAAACAUACAGGUAUUGUCACUUCGCAGACACUUCACCCAAAGACACUUCCAGGUAUGACCUAUAAAGUAUGAACCCACAACCUUGGUGAUGCCAAUCCCACACUCCCACCGAUCUUUCCCUCCCCCUAGCGAUGUCCUUUGACCUCUAUGCUAAGUAUGGAAACAACCGUACCCUGAGCUUGGUGAGUCCCAAGAAGCCAUACUACCAGUGGCGCCUUCGUGUCCCGUCGGGUCAUGUGGUGCGUCUGGUCAUCCUCAACCUGCACGGAGCCACACCCGGAAGCUGCUCCGCCCACAAACUGUCUGCCUAUGACUUCCUGUUGCCACUACAGAACAAGAUCAUCGCCAGGUAGGAGAUACACUACCUGUGAUGAUGGUAUGGAAUCCCAUACCAUCAUCACAACUCUGUCAUCUGACUCACACUCGUUAACCAUCUGAUGAUAGUGCGCAGCUGAACACUUGUUAUUUUAACUAAAACAUAACCAAUCUUUGUUAAACAUAAAUAACAAACUUGUUUUUGCAUGGACUCCGCAACACGGUUAGCUUUUAACAGCUAGGACCGCUAUUUCUUGUCCCGGAAUCCUGCUUAACUGACAGGUUAAAGUCUGCUUGAAAGAGCCGCUAACCUAGCUAAGCUGCUAACAUUAGCCAGCAAGCUAACGAAGUUAGUCCCAGAUGAGUUUUCCAAUGGAGCCCUCUUUGUCUGGAGAAGUAAAUGAACAGUUCCAGCGCUGUAGGAGCUGUAUCUACUACUCUUUGUUUCAGGACAAAUCACUCAGAGUUCCAAUGCGGCAAUUGUUUGCUUGCCGAGGAUUAUAGGCUUGAGGUGGCUUCCUUGAUCACGCAGGUAGCCAGCCUACGUAAGAAACUUGGUAAAACGCAGAGUGGCUGUUUACCUUUUCUACGCCGGUGGCUGGACGGCGUUCGUGCAUGUUGGAUGCAUCUCCGUCUUGUCGUUUGUUGUUAUCUGACUGGCCGGUGUUGCCCGGAGUUCAAUCACCAGGGGAGCCAUCUCCUGCCUCUCUUCCCCCAUCUGAUAGCGGAGUCGAAGGAGCACAGCAAGAGGAGCAUGGCAAUCAACGAUGGUCGCAUGUCACGAGCCAUGGAAGCUGAAGACAGCGGCCUGCCGAAAAGCAGCCUACACUCCCAACGAGAGGCCCGGAGCGGAUACAAACAACAAAUAGUUUCACCGCCCUGAUCUUCCUGCACCUUCGUCGCUGGGGGUACCUGUGUCUACGGCCACUGUGAAUACUCCUACUCCUUCCCCUACGAUUUUGAAGUCGACGUCGGCAACCUUCCAUCCCUGCUCUGAAUCGAGCGGGGCUUCUCUAUCUGUCGGACGCCUGCACCAUCCUGUGAAGCGUGGGAGUGGGCAGAUUUCCUUGUCCUUCUCGCCAGCUGUGAUUUUGGGCAGCUACAUGGUAAAAAAUGUGACUGUUCCUGGUGCAAAAACAAUGUCCAAUUCCGGAGCUCGAGUAAAUGACAUUACUAAGCUGUUCCCGAAUAUACUACGCCAGGACAUGGACAUCGAUUCUAUCGUAGUCCAUGUGGGUUUUAAUGACAUUAUGAAGGGAAGCUCUGAACAGUUGAAACUGGAUUUCAAAGAGCUGAUUGACUCUCUGCUAGACACUAAUAAAAGACACAUCAUAUCUGGCCCUGUGCCCUCUCUGAAUCGUGGCAUUGAAUGCUUUAGCAAGAUUAUUUCUCUUCACAACUGGCUAUAUGUUUAUUGCAGCUCAAUGGGUGUAACUUUUGUUGACAAUUUCGAUAGCUUUUGGAAACAAAACACGUUUUAUAAGGAGGAUGGGAUCCACCCAAAUCAUUUAGGUUCCUGGAUCCUUUCACAGCAUUAUAAGGCUGCAUUGAGACAACGACUUAUCAAUAACCCAAGCCCAGCUCAGUUAAUCCCUACCAUUGUGCCACUGAGUCAUCAUAAUGCUUUAGCAAAUGUACAUUAUACCAGGGGCAUUGGUACACACAAUGUAAGUAACUUAAUUGAUGUCCCUCUAACCGCCCUGAAUGCCUCUGCUGAUCCUACAGCUAUUGUAUGCAGCAAUCAUGUGUCUAUGAACCAGAUUUAUGCUGUUAGCACUGAGGCAGUGUGUCCUAGUAGGAAGUCCACUGUGUGCAGCUCACCCUGCACUAACAUAAAUAACAUGAGAAUAUCUGCUUCUGCUAAGCUUCCCAGUAAAGCAAUGAAAACAAGCAAGCAUCCCAGAAAAGUGCUCAAAAUAGCCCGCGUGUCACGCUCUGGCUCCGGGACUCUGUAUGUUGAGCCAGGGUGUGUUCGUUCUGUGUGGGUUGUUUCUAUGUUGGUUGUUCUAGGUUGUUGUAUUUCUUUGUUUGAGUGACUCCCAAUCAGAGGUAACGAGUGUCAGCUGUUGGCUCGUUGUCUCUGAUUGGGAGCCAUAUUUAAACUGUCUGUUUUCACCUUGUGUUUGUGGGUUUUUGUUCCUAGUCAGUCAUUGUCACUGUGGACUUCACGAAUCGUUAUUUGUUUUGUUGUUUCGUGGUUCGCUUUAAUUAAAUAAAGCAUCAUGUUCGUGCAACACGCUGCGCUUUGGUCUACUCCUUUCCAAGACGAUCGUGACAGAAAAACCCACCUUAACCAGAUCAAGCAGCGUGACGAGGAGAGAGGAUGGACGUGGCAGGAGAUGAUUGCGAGUCUGGCAAGAGGGAGAGAGGCCUUGGCCAGGGGGAAAGUCCCCCAGGAAAUUUUUAGGGGGGGGCUCACGACGUCGGGGCAGCAGGUGUACGGGGUAGAGUGGUGCAAAGCGUUGGCAGAGAAGGCCGCCAGGUUAGGGGGGCCACUGGGCACAGAGGAGAGGGAAAGUGUGGAGGCACGGCGAGAGGUACUGGGGUGUGUUACCAGUCCGGUCCGGCCCGUUCCUGAUCCCUGCGUGGGGCCAGUGGUGUGUGUCCCCAGUACGGUCCGGCCUGUUCCUGCCAUUCCCACCAAGUCAGUGGUGCGCGUCGUCAGCCCAGCCCGGCCUGUUCCUGCCAUUCCCACCAAGCCUACGGGGUGCGUCGCCAGUCCAGCUCGGCCUGUCCCUGCUCCACGCACAAAGCCUACGGUGUGCGUCGCCAGCCCAGCCCGGCCUGUCCCUGCUCCACGCACCAAGCCUACGGGGUGCGUCGCCAGUCCAGCCCGGCCUGUCCCUGCUCCACGCACAAAGCCUACGGUGUGCGUCGCCAGCCCGGCCCGGCCUGUCCCUGCUCCACGCACCAAACCUACGAUGUGCGUCGCCAGCUCGGCCCGGCCAGUUCCUGCCACUCGCACCAAACCUACGGUGCGAGUCGCCAGCCCGGCCCGGCCUGUUCCUGCCACUCGCAUCAAGCCAGGGGUGCGAGUCGUCAGCCUGGUCCAGCCCGUUCCUGCCACUCGCACCAAGUCAGGGGUACGAGUCGUCAGCCUGGUUCAGCCCGUUCCUGCUACUCGCACCAAGCCCGGGGUGCGAGUCGUCAGCCAGGUCCGGCCCGUCGCUGCUCCACGCACCAAGCCAAGGGGGCGCAUCGUCAGCCAGGUCCGGUCCGUUCCUGCCUCACGCACCAAGCCAAGGGGGCGCAUCGUCAGCCAGGUCCGGUCCGUUCCUGCCUCACGCACCAAGCCAAGGGGGCGCAUCGUCAGCCAGGUCCGGUCCGUUCCUGCCUCACGCGCCAAGCCAGGGGUGCGCGUCGUCAGCCUGGUCCAGCCCGUUCCUGCUACUCGCACCAAGCCAGGGGAGCGAGUCGUCAGUCCGGCACAACCCGUGCCUGAGUCAUCGGUGCCAAUUCAGGUACCGCUCAACUGCUCCACUAAGGAGCUGAAGCCUACCGCUCCUGCUACGUCCAGUCCAGCUCCAGCCAGCAGGGCCAGACCGGACCAGGGGCGCUAUGGGGGGUUUGUUGAAGGGUUUUGGUCAAGCCCGGAGCCGGAACCGCCGCCGAGGAGGUAUGCCCACCCAGCCCUCCCCUGUUUUGCUCUUUUGAGGCGCGGUCGCAGUCCGCGCCUUUAGGGGGGGGUACUGUCACGCUCUGGCUCCGGGACUCUGUAUGUUGAGCCAGGGUGUGUUCGUUCUGUGUGGGUUGUUUCUAUGUUGGUUGUUCUAGGUUGUUGUAUUUCUUUGUUUGAGUGACUCCCAAUCAGAGGUAACGAGUGUCAGCUGUUGGCUCGUUGUCUCUGAUUGGGAGCCAUAUUUAAACUGUCUGUUUUCACCUUGUGUUUGUGGGUUUUUGUUCCUAGUCAGUCAUUGUCACUGUGGACUUCACGAAUCGUUAUUUGUUUUGUUGUUUCGUGGUUCGCUUUAAUUAAAUAAAGCAUCAUGUUCGUGCAACACGCUGCGCUUUGGUCUACUCCUUUCCAAGACGAUCGUGACACCGCGUUAACAUAUGUAGCUUAAGAAACAUGGUUUAUGACAUUUUUUUAAAUGCUGUUGAUGUAAAGAAUAUUUGUUGGUCCGUGGUAUGUAAUGAGGAGCAAACAGACGUUACAUUUGACACAUUUAUGAAAUUGCUUAUCCCAGUUACUAAUAAGCAUGCACCCAUUAAGAAAAAGACUGUAAAAACUGUUAAAUCCCUGUGGAUUGAUGAGGAAUUGAAAAAUUGUGUGGUUGAGAGGGAUGAGGCAAAAGGAAUGGCAAAUAAUCUGGCUGCACAACCGAUUGGCAAACUGAAUAAAAUAAGAAACUACACUAUGAAACAAAUAUAAAAGACAUAAAGAAUGAUAGUAAAAAGCUUUGGAGCACCUUCAAUGACAUUUUGGGAAAGAAUGCAAACUCAGCUCCAUCAUUCAUUGAAUCAGAUGGCUCAUUCAUUACAAAACCAACUGAUAUUGCCAACUACUUUAAUUAUUUUUUCAUUGGCAAGAUUAGCAAAUUUAGGCAUGACAUGCCAGCAACAAAUGCUGACACUACACAUCCAAGUAUAUCUGACCAAAGUAUGUGUCACGACUUCCGCCAAGGCUGCCUCCCCUCCUUGUUCGGGCAGGCUUCGGCGUUCGUCGUCACCGGCUUAAUAGCCACUGCCGCUCCAUUAUUCAUCAUUCCAUUUGUCUUGUCUUGUCAAUCACACACACCUGGUUCUUAUCCCCUCAUUAGUCAGUGUAUAAGUGUUCCCUCUGCCCCCCUUGUCCUUGUGGGUGAUUGUUUAUUUGUGAGAGUUGUGUAGCUCGGUGAAGCUACUCGUACAUUGUUAUUGCCGGGGUAGAUAUUUCCCCUGUGCCUGUUAUUGUUGGAGCUACCGUUACCUUGUAUUGCCAGGGUAGAUUUUCCCCUGUGCCUGUUUCGUUUGUCACUAUCCAGCGCUAUUUGUGUACGACGGAAUAAACUCUGCAUUCGGUGAUUCCCCUCCUGCGCCUGACUCCUUCUAUCACACUCAUCACAGAAUCACCCACCCGCUAUGGAGUCAGCGGGAGAAGAGCGCCUGCCUAUGUAUGUGUACCUGUAUGUAUUGUGACAUUUCUGUCUGUCUAUUCCAGGUGGUGUGGUCAGCCAAUGUCUGGCUCAUCUCCUGUAAUGAAGCUGACGUCGUCUGGUAACGUGAUGCUGGUCACCUUCUCCUUCAGCAGACAGAGAGAUGGAGCCAUCUUCAAGGCCUACUUCCAGGCCAUCCCCAAAGCAGGUCAGACACACUAUUACCACAGAUAGAACAAUGAGACAGAUAUUUCACCGGAUGUAUAAAUGUGAAGCAUUUAGUGGCCGGCAGUGGGAGAAGUCUUGGCCGACAUUCUGCGAAUUCUGUCAUCAAUGACACGUUUGAUCUCAAUACAGUUUUCUGUUCCCAAAACUACAAUCUGUUACGGACAGAGUGGACUAAGUUUUGUAGACUUUGCCAAAGUUUCAAAAAAUUGCAUCGUUUAGAAGAGUGCAAAGGCACUUUUAGUUAUUGCACACGAGCACUUCACAGAGUAGGCGUUCCCUAACGUAAAUAUGCAAAUGUAUGCUAGAACGUGCCAAUAGGAUCUCGCUGGCUCGUGCUCGGCUCUGCCCACCUCCUUGCUUGUUCUGCCCACUAUGACUCAUUUGUUCCUUUUUGAAACGAUAGGCUGUGGUCUAUCUUGGUUUAGUUAUAAAAAUCUUUGCAAUUACCACACACUACAACCAUGGGGAAGGCACUGCUUGCCGAAACGUUGGUUGUACAUUAAAUUAUUGGGAGCAUAUUUAGAGUGUGCGACAUUCAUUCUUUCUUUCUAUAUUAUACCUCUGCAACAGACAUUCUAGACUCAAGACCAUGAUAGUCCAAUGAGCUAAAGCCUUGGCUAUAGGAGCAAACACAAGUCACCAAGAUACCGUCUGUGUUAUCCUAUUCAAUAUUUACAAUAGGUCUUCUUACAUGUCUUAUGUAAUAACUUGUCUAUUACAGCUGUCCAAUAGACUCCUGUUGAUGCAUGGUCUGUGUCAAUGUCGUCCCCUGUAGGUUGUGGAGGGUCUCUGUCCUCCUGGAACGGCUCUCUGUUCUCUCCCUACUACCCUGCCCACUACCCCCCCAACCUGGACUGCAGCUGGACCAUACGGGUGAGCUCACACCCCAGGGGACUUCACACACACAACACCCACAGUGUGUGUGUGUGUUGACAGUAGGUCUGCUCCACAUUCCUGCAUCUGAACCACUGCUUCUCUCGGGUGUCUCUUUCAGGCGCCGUUGCCUGGAUACCUAAUCUCCAUGACGAUCGUGACGUUGGACAUCCAGGACUCUUCGUCUUCGGACGGCUGUGAGAAAGACUGGCUGGACAUUGGAGGGGUCAAGUAAGUGUUGCCGUUGUAGCAGUACUGAUGACAUACUGCACAGUGAAUGUGUGUUUGCAGUCUAUGUGUGAUAUAUUAACUGUUAUGUAUGUGAGUGUGUGUGUGUUAUAUUAACUGUGGUGUGUGUUGUCUCAGGCUGUGUAACCCCAUGACUGACAGCAGCAGAAAGAAGAUGUACUCCUCUCCUGUCUCUCUCCACUUCCACUCUGACGAGUCUGUCACUCACAAGGGCUUCUACCUUCUCUACAGAGCCUUCUCCCCUGAGAGCAGUAUGUCUCACACACCUCUACCUCACACCUCUACUACACCUCCACCUCACACCUCUACCACACCCCUAUAUCACACACCUCUACCUCAACUCUACCAUACCUCUACCUCACACCUCUACCUCAACUCUACCACACCUCUACCUCACACCUCUACCUCAACUCUACCAUACCUCUACCUCACACCUAUAUCACACACCUCUACCACACACCUCUACCUCAACUCUACCACACCUCUACCUCACACCUAUAUCACACACCUCUACCACACCUCUACCACACCUCUACCACACACCAGUAACACAGCUAGUGUAGCACAUGGGGAUGUGAAACGUACUCCUCAGACUGAAGUGUCGCCACUUGAGCCAUCGAAUAGUUAACUUUUCAGUGGUGCCGACUGGUAAGACGCUUCAGGAGGGCUGUCACGUGUGCUAGCAGGUCCUGGGUUUGAGCCUCGGUGGAAUCAGGAGGAAGUGGUACUCGCUGAGCAAGCAGUGUGACGUCCUUUACACUAGCCUAUACAGAUUUACUUAGAUUAGCUUAGAGUUGCAAUCUAAAUACUCAACUCUACCAUACACACUGAGACAGACCUGUAGAUUCCAGGUUUUCACUCGUACAGAGCUACUGUAGUAGGCGGUCUCUCUUUCUUUCAUCUCUUCCUCUCUCAUCCCCCUCUCUCUCUCCAGCGUGUCCUCGUCAGUUCCGCUGUGGGGAUGGGAGGUGUGUUCCUCUCAGGAAGGUGUGUGACGGAGUCAGAGACUGUUCAGACGGACGGGACGAGGCUAAAUGCUGUAAGUAUGUUAUCCUCAACACUCUAACUCCUCACAUACAUGCAUACAGUAAGGAUGACGAAGAUGUUGAAGAUUGUUAAUGUUUCAUUGACAGUGAUCACCAUAAGUGAUCUGUCUGUGUAAUAAGUACUGUAUGUCUUCAAACCAAAGCCAAUAUGUUGUGUUGUGUGUAGCGACCUGUCGUCCAGGUGAGGUGUAUUGUGGGAACGGUCAGUGCCGGCCUCACAGCAGCCAGUGUAACAGUCAGAGUAAAUGUGGAGAUAGCAGCGAGGAGGCUGACUGUGGUGAGUACCAUACACACACGCCUGGGCCACACAAUAACACGCUAUCUAGAGAUCUGCUUAGAAACUGCUUAGAAACAUCAUUGCAUAUUUUGUUCAUCAUAAGAUUGUAUGAGUCCAUUUUCUACUUGUUUUCAUUAUGCCAGCUGCAUAGAGGACUGGUCUGUGGUAAGGACGGCCCCUCUCCCCAUUGCUGGGUCAGGGUGUGUUUAUGUGUGUGUGGUGGUUGUAUUUGCAUGUGUGUUUAUGCUCCAGGCCAGGUGUUCACUCUGUUGGCCCCCCAGCAGGUCAAUGCUACCACAUGUGCUCCAACAAGGUGUGUGUGUCGAAGUCCUCAGUCUGUGACGGUGUCAUAGACUGCAAGGACCGCAGUGAUGAGAUCAACUGCACUAGAGCAUGUGAGUCCGUCCAUCUGUCAAUCGGUCCGUCCGUCCUUCCAUCCGUCUGCAUCUUUCUUUGUUUCUCUUCAUCCAAUCCUCAAUCCCUCUCUCUUUCUCUGUUUUUCCCCCCCCUCCCUCUAUUUCUGUGUGUCCAGUCCAUAAGGGCUGCUCCCCAUCCUCCUAUAAGUGUGCCAAUGGGAAGUGUGUGAAUAAGAUCAACCCUGAGUGUGACGGAGUCAAAGACUGUUCUGAUGGAUCAGACGAGACGCGCUGCGGUGAGACUCAUUACCACUUAUAACACACGUAUGAACCUACAUAUACCAGUUAUAACAAACGUAUGAACCUACAUACACCAGUUAUAACACACGUAUGAACCUACAUACACAGUUAUAACACACGUAUGAACCUACAUAUACCAGUUAUAACACACGUAUGAACCUACAUACACCAGUUAUAACACACGUAUGAACCUACAUAUACCAGUUAUAACAAACGUAUGAACCUACAUACACCAGUUAUAACACACGUAUGAACCUACAUAUACCAGUUAUAACACACGUAUGAACCUACAUACACAGUUAUAACACACGUAUGAACCUACAUAUACCAGUUAUAACACACGUAUGAACCUACAUACACCAGUUAUAACACACGUAUGAACUUACAUACACCAGUUAUAACACACGUAUGAACCUACAUACACCAGUUAUAACACACAUACGAAACCUACAUACACCAGUUAUAACACACGUAUGAAUCUACAUAUACCAGUUAUAACACUUUCCCCCCAGGUUGUGGCACCCGGCCCAGGAAGCGUGCUAAGAUAGUGGGCGGAUCUGACGCGGGGACGGGGGCAUGGCCGUGGCAGGUCAGUCUGCAGAUGGAGCGUUAUGGUCAUGUCUGUGGAGCGACCCUGGUCACCAGCCGCUGGCUCAUCUCUGCUGCACACUGCUUCCAGGACUCUGAAGCCAUAAAGUGAGAUUCUUUGUUAUUAUAGUCUGUAUUGUUGUGUUCAUUAGUUUCCUCGUCAUCAUCAUCAUCAUCAUCAUAGUCCUUAUCAUCAUCAUCAUCAUCAUAGUCCUCAUCAUUAUCAUAGUCCUUAUCAUCAUCAUCAUCAUCAUCAUCAUCAUCAUAGUCCUUAUCAUCAUCAUCAUCAUCAUCAUCAUCAUCAUCAUAGUCCUUAUCAUCAUCAUAGUCCUCAUCAUCAUCAUAGUCCUCAUCAUUAUCAUAGUCCUUAUCAUCAUCAUAGUCCUCAUCAUUAUCAUAGUCCUUAUCAUCAUCAUCAUCAUCAUCAUUACUGUAAUAAUGAUUUGUGUGUGCCUGUGUACUUCCAUGUGUGUCCCUGCCUGGCUGUGUGUUUAGGUACUCUGAUGCGCGGUCGUGGCGUGCCUACAUGGGAAUGCGUGUGAUGAACACGGGCAGUAAUGCUGCAGCCACCAGACAGAUCCGUCGUAUCAUCCUUCACUCCCAGUACGACCAGUUCACCUCUGACUACGACAUCGCCCUGCUGGAGCUCAGCACCCCUGUCUACUUCAAUGACUUGGUACAGCCCGUCUGUGUCCCCGCCUCCUCACACGCCUUCACCACCGGGACCAGCUGCCACGUCACGGGCUGGGGGGUCCUGAUGGAGGAUGGUAAGUGCUGCCCAAGGAUAACAGCUGAUGUUUGAUACCUGCCAGAAAACAGAAAAUAUGUCCAAAAUGAUCUCUUUGGAAUCCUUGUAUGAUUUGUCAGCUAGUUACUAUUCAUACAACAUUCUAUAAAUAAUUUUCUGUCGAGUUCCAGGUGCUUGCACAUAAUUUCUUAGUAAAUACCAGGUAAAUACUAACUCUAAUAGAACUAUCUAUAUAAAACGAAGUGUUACUGAGUUCCUGUGUUUGUUCCAGGUGAGCUGGCGUCUCUGCUGCAGGAGGCCACAGUUAAGAUCAUCAACAGGAACAACUGUAACAAACUCUAUGAUGACGCUGUCACUCCCAGGAUGCUGUGUGCUGGCAACCUGCAGGGAGGAGUGGACGCCUGUCAGGUGAGGAGGGGUUUCUGAGUGUGUGUGUGUGUGUGUGUUUGUUUUGUCAUUGUGUGUGUUAAUGUGCCUCUGCAUGUGUUUUUAUGAGUUUUAUCUUUGUGUUUUCAUGUUUAUGUGUCUGUCUGUGUUUGCACAUGUGUGUGUGUGUUUAGGGUGACUCAGGGGGUCCUCUGGUGUGUCUAGAGAGGGGUCGGCGGUGGUUCCUUGCAGGGAUCGUGAGCUGGGGGGAGGGGUGCGCUCGGCAGAACCGCCCUGGAGUCUACACACAGGUCACCAAGUUCACAGACUGGAUCCACCUGCAGACUAAAGGACAG